AUGGCAGAGGAUGUGACGGAGAUCCCGACACCUGACUCAUUCUUUUCAGAUGACAAAUCUGAGGAACUGUACCAGAUUGAGGUGUCAAUAAAGGAGCUUCUGGAACAAAUUGAUAAAUUAAAAACAGUCAUAACUCUCCAGGACCAGAUGUUGGUAGGAGGAGAUAUUCUGAUAACAGCACAACAAAUGCCCUACUCCUGGCCAUUCUCACUAGCUGAACUCUGGCUGUGGCUGCGUUUUGCAAUAGGAAACACUGAUUCCUGGUCAUGCACUAAUGAGAGGCUAGUGUACUCAGGUCGGUCCUUCAGUGCCCGGGACAAGGUGUCAGGCACUGUCUUGAGUUUCACCCGCACUGAACCUUCCCUUCUACAGUACCCAUGUAAUGAUGGUGACCCUUGGGGACGCCCCAGUCCAGCCCUGUACCUGGGACAAAAGGUUUUCCUCAGCACAGAUGGAUUUGAAACCAGCCUCCUGCCACUGACCAUCCCUUCUGAGCUAGAAACCCCAAAUGCCUCAGUCAGUGCUGCAGCCUUUGUGAAAAAGGAUCGGUUAGUAAUGGUGAUAAAUGGACAGGUCUAUCUCUACCUCUUCAUAGCUGAGGAGGAGGAAUGGCUCCCAGUACAGGGGGUCGAUUCCUUGGUCACUGAGCUCUCCAACACCCACUGCUGCUACCCAGGGAAGGACCCAGCCUGCCAGGACACCAGUCUGACUAUUUUUGCCUAUGAGACUGGGCAUUCAGCCUCCGAAAGCAACAUCUUCCUGUCAAAGGAUGGGGGCUACAUUUUCACCGCUCUGAAGCUGAGCCCAGAACUGCAAGGGGUGCUGCUUGGUGUCUACAAUUUUGUUUCCCUCUCCCAGACUGGGUUGCUCAUCAACCGCACCCACAGUGAUGGGGAAGGGAAAGGAGGAGGAGCCUAUUUCUCAUACACUGGGGGCAACAUGAGCCACAUGUACAGCCACAUCUCCCUGGGCUUCCACCUGAAGUCCACAGGGGGCCCUGAUGUCCGGGGUAUCCAGAACCCUUUCCUGUGGGGCUUCACCAUCCUCUGGACCAAAGACACUCUGCUGAUCUCCCCCAAUAAUGGCUUGCUUGUGGAGCCAGUGACUGUGCAGACAAAGGCGUUUCCCAGAACCUCCCGUCCUUUCCCUGGCGACGGCCUCUGCCAUGUGGCCACCAGCAACACUGAGAUUGCAGUCCUGACCCGGGACCAUCGGCUCUUCCAUGGCAGCCUAGACAUGGUCUCCACAACUAUCGUGCAGAUUAGAGAGCGCAACAGCAGCGAGAAAGGCCUGUGUAAUGCUGUGCUGAUGUUUGACAAAGUAGGGAUGCUCACCAUAUUGAGCCCUGAACCUACCAGUAAUUCCUGGGCCUAUAACUUCCAGAAAUGCACCUUGAACAUACAGUUGCUGCUCAUGGAGCUUUGGCCACCUCUGCAAGACUGCCCAGUUGAGAUCCUCAAGGGCCAUUUCCACAACAAGAUCCAUUAUAUCGACAUGCACCAGAAGCUGAACUUUAGUGCCACAUUUGUGCCAAAGCCAGGCACUGGAGCUUUUCCAAUGGUGACUGUGAGCAACCCCCAUGUGCUAGGAUUCCAGGCAUAUAUAACAGAGGAUGGGUACACAUAUGACGGGAACACCAAGUACAGCUUGCACAUGCAGAUGCUGCAGCAGUGCUUCUCUGGCAUGGCAGAACCUCAUUUCAGUGACACCUUCCUCUCUGGCGGGAUGUCUGUCCUUACUGUGGACAUCCCCAACAAAGGCCCCAGCUGCAUUGAUAUGCAUCCUUUGUCUGCACUUAUCAAUGUAGGUUGCCCACCUACUAAACACAUUAAAGUUUCUAAAAACACAACAGCAUGCAGCAAAGGCCUGUUUAAUCAAGGCACGCUGCAAGAUAACUUCACUUAUACUAUCAGCCACAAUUUAUAUGACCCAAAUUUUCUUGCCACACCACAGUUAGGUCAAAGUGAUCUUGAAGUUCUGUAUAUGUUUAACGAGCUGGGAUGUCCUCUUCUGCUGUAUUAUGAUACUCCUUGGCUGCCAAUCCUUGAGCUGUGGGAAAAUGAUGCAUUUGUGGAGUAUGUUGCUGCUGACUUUGUUGUGUUUGAAGUCAAUGGAAUGUAUAAUUAUGAUUAUCUCUUGACAGCUGCUGAAGCCAAUUGUAUCUCUCAACCUCAGAAUUGGACUGCUUUGAUGCAAAAGCAAGAUUCUCCAAAUCCAUACUUUGCAUGGAGCAGAAUGAACUAUGAAAGCUGUAAGAACCACGAUGGACCUAAAUUAGUAUCACCCUCAGCCAAGUAUCAAAUUCUUGGUCAAAAUGAAAAGAACAGGAUUGUUUUUUCCCACUAUAAUGGCUUUUAUAUCUUUAAAGCCAUUGUGGUGGACAAAUUAUAUAGUCACUGUGAAUUGUCUGCAACUGUCAGUGUAUAUGUCACUGGUGCCCUCCCAAAGUCUUACAUACAUGCUUGGACAAUGCUGAUGGCUUUUCUAACUAUCAUUCUGAUUGCAAUUUUGAUGGGAUAUUUCUUACAUAAACUAUCACUUAUGAAAAAAUCCCCAAAAGUUAAAGUAUUUUGA